AUGGCAGAAAAUAAAGGGAAACGCGUUAAGAAGAGAUACUUCGAGAUGAAGGAGAUUAAUGAGAUGCAACAGCACUACAACGACAAGAGUGGGCUUCUCAUUAGUCAUUCUUUGAAGAGAGACCGUGGUUCGAAGAAAGAAGUAAACGAUUUGAUCACACGGUAUCUUACCGACGAGGAACAAACAGACAAGAAAGUGGAAACAACAACACCAACCAACAUAGACGAGGAGCUUAAAAAGGAAAUCGCUGAGAUUAAGUGCAAGACUAUUAUAAUGGCAACUGGAGUGGACUGUUUACUGUUCACAGAAGUACCCUGCGAGGCUGUCCAUGCAGUUUCUUUACUCUUUGAAGGGGCUAAAAAGGAUGGUGUUGUUGUGAAAGAGACUCAACGGAUUGUUCCAUUACAACGCGUGGUGAUGGCGUCUUCCAUGGAAAAGUUAACCGGAGCAGUGCAGUAUCUAUUGGACAAGGACAAAGAAAUUGAAAACAAAUACAACACAUUUGGGAUCAGCUAUUCCUGUCGAAUCAACUCAACUUUCGAAAGAACAGAAGUGAUUAAAGUGGUGGCUGACAUGAUGCCUAAAAAGUGGAAGGUGAACUUAAAAGACCCUGAUGUAACCGUUGUUAUCGAAAUAUUCAGCAGAGGGCUCGGCCACAACACGCUCAUCUGUAAACUUGAACGACGCUAUUUAGGGUUAAGCCAAGCUAAAAAGAGAAAAACACGGAGACUUAAAGUCAAUAGAGAACUUGAAAGGUCAAAAGUUCGACGUAUGGCAGACAAGGAGAUUGUUAAGGAAGAAGUGAAAGAAGUCAAAGCCACCGACAAGAAAGCUGCGGAGGAGGUCAAGAAGGCCAAGAAAGAAAAAGUCGAGAAAAAGCCACGAAAGUCGACGGAGAAGAAAACUAAGAAGGUCGACGAGGAAGGGAAGAAGAAUACCCUUUCGAAGAAAGCCGGCCUUCAAUUUCCCGUUGCUAGAAUUCAUGCGGCAUUGAAGAAAGGCCGAUAUGGAGAACAUAUCAACAAAAUGGCGUCUGUCUAUUUGACUGCUGUCAUUGAAUAUCUUGUUGCAGAAGUUUUGGAACUUGCGGGCGGACAAGCUAAAGACUUUGGAAAGACUCGAAUCACCCCACGACAUAUUCAAUUGGCCGUUCGUUCCGAUCUUGAGUUGAACGACUUACUUAAGGAUGUUACGAUCAUCAACGGUGGUGUUUUCCCUAAUGUCCCAACAGCUGUAAACACAAAAGGAAAGAAGAAACCAGCACAGUCCCAAGUUGUCUAA